AGUGAUCCACACACCUCAGCCUCCCAAAGUGCUAGGAUUACAGGCACGAGUCACUGCACCUGGCCCAAUAUACAUGUUUAAAUCUCCCCUACUUAUAAAACAAAAUCUAAGCAACUCUUCCUUCAAAUCUGAUCCCACUCAAGAUAACAUUCUUGUUCUCCCUUCAACACACACCUUAGAAGAGAAACAUAGAAUAGUACACUUAUUUUAUUCUUUACUUUAUUUUUAAUGUAAUAUUUGAUACACAUAAAAGUUUUUAUGUGUCAGGAAAAUUGUGAAAAACUUUGAGAUUGGGGGGAAAAAAAAAGAUUACUGGGUAUCCUGUCUCCAGUACAUCCGUUUGGUUCUUCUGAGUUAUUUCACAACUCUGCACAGCUGUUGAAAACUGGUAAUAAAAAUUAUUGUUCAUAAACAUGCCAAAGAAUUAUGUCCAGUGGGAUCUAAUGAAUGUUGACUUAUGUUGACCAAUUUUGCAACUAUUUGUAAAUUUACCUCAGCAUUCCUGAUUGCAUAUGAGUGUUACUUUGAAUUCACCCUUGACAUAUUUUUGAUUCCCUUAUAAAUUUAAUAAUUUAAAUGAAAAUUCUGACACAUUCAUUUCAUAUUUGUGUGAGAAUCGUGAUUUCACAAAAAUUAUUGCUGGGAACGGUGGCUCACGCCUGUAAUCUCAGCACUUCAGGAGGCUAGGUGGGCAGACUGCUUGAGCCCAAGAAUUUAAGACCAGUCUGGGCAACACGGUGAGAUCCCGCUCCUAAGAAAAAAUUAUCAACAUAUGUGACACCUGUUGUUAUCAAACAAUAUAAUAAACACUUGUGAAAGACCAGUCAACUUAUGACUACAACAUCCCUAAGGAGAGCUAAAAGAUUCCUCGAAGAAAUGGCAUGGAGAUGUUGGCAUAGGUACAUCGAUAACAGCAAUAAAAGAUAUAUAAAAGUAGCACAGAAAAGCUUAAAGAGGAGUUUCAUAAAAAUUCUGUGCAAAAAAAAGUCAUUCCUUGCUGAUGGGAUCAGAGAAAGCUUCAAGGAAGAAGUGGGAUUUGAGCGGGGUACUAAUGUGCCAGUUCUUGCCAUUCUUCCAUCCUAUCAUUAAACUCAGAUGACAACUCACCUGUACUAGACUGUGCUGUCCAAUAUAACCACUUGCCACAUGUAAUUACUGUUUCGUGUGUGUAUUCUGAAUUGAGAUGUAUUUGAAUAUAAAACAGACAAGAUUUUGAAGAGUUAAUAUGAAAAAUUAAUGUAAAAUAUCUAUUAACUUUAUUGGUUACACGUUAAUAUUUUCAUAUGUUGGGGUAAAUACUACUUUAAAAAAGAACUACGACUUCAUCAAUACUGUUGUAUCUAUCUGUAUGUUCCUUCUCUACUGCAUCUCCUUGCUUCCUGUCCAGAAGUAAUCACUACUCUGAACCUCAUUUUUUUCCCCAGACAUCUGUCUGUAUUCCUUCUUUUGCCUAUUUUUGAGCUUUAAAAAUCAUAUUUUAAUGUAUAUGUAGAUUAAAUAAUAGUAUUUGUAAUGUCAGAAAAGUGCCUAGUACGGGAGGCUGAGGCAGAAGAAUGGUGUGAACCUGGGAGGCGGAGCUUAUAGUGAGCCGAGAUCGUGCCACUGCACUCCAGCCUGGGUGACAGAGCGAGAUUCCGUCCCAAAAAAAAAAGAAAAGUGUCUAGUACAUACUAAGUGACUUAUAAGCAUUUAUUAAAUAAAAUUUAAAAAUAUGCAUUUAUUUAUACUUAUAAGCAUUUAUUAAAUAAAAUUUAAAAAUAUGGUCUUCUGUGGUUGCUUUGUCUAUUUUGUUUCUAAGACUUAUCCAAGCUGUUAAAUGCCGCUGUAAUUCCUUAUAAUGAGAACAAGCUAAUGUGUGACUAUUUUACAAUUAACUCAUUCAUUUUAUUUGAUAGACUUUUGGAUUACUCCCAUCCCACCUCCAACCAUGUUGCUACAGACAUUCUUAUACACAUUUCCCAGCACACAUGUACAAAAUUUCUUCAGGAUAUAUAGACACGCCUAGGAGCAAAACUGCCAAAUGCUAAAGUAUAUUAAUAUUCAACUUUACAAGAUGGUGUCACAUUAUUUUUCAAAGCUAUAUCAAUUCACACUCCCACUGACGGUAUAUAAGCUUCUGCUGAUCCACAUUUGUGCUAACAAUUGGUAUUAUCAAUCUCAAUUCUGUCAAUCUUCUGUAUAAAAUGGUAUCUCUCUGUGUCUUAAUUUUUAUUUCCUUGAUUAGUAAUCCAUUUAAACAUUUAUAUUUCUAUGUAAUAAAUGUUUCUGUCCAUUUUUUCUUUUGGGUUGUCUUUUUCUUAUGGAUUUCUAAUUUCUUGAUGUUUUGUGGACACUAAUUUGUCAGUUAAAUUUUAUCCAGUCACCCUUCAACACACUAAAUAAUCUGAAAUCUGUAUCUAUCACCUAUUUUGGCAAUGGCAUUAACAACUUUCUCAUUCUAAGUCUUAAAACAGCUCUCUUGGUCUCCCCUCCUUAUGUAAUCUCUCUGCAGUAUUGUAACCAUUCUCUUCUAGUUCCCAGGUUUUCCCCACCUUGAACUUUCCUAUCCUACCUCUAAGCCCUCACCAUUCUUCUUUUUCCUCAUGUUUCUUGGAAGCUGAUUUCCUGGAAAUUGGUAUCAUGGUCUGUCAUUAAUCUUCCUUUACAUUCUACAUGUACUUUCUCUAGUAUCUUAGUUCCAUAGCUUUAGCUACUACCUAAUUGCUGAUGACUUUUUAAUCUCUCUAUAUAACUGAGAUCCUGACUUUCACUUCCAAUUUAACAUAUCUAGCCAUAAUUUGUCCCUAAAUACCUGUCAUUCCAAUUUCCUACCCUGGUUAGUGAUAUUACUAAGUGCUGAAGUUAGAAAGCUCCAAACUGCUGAAAUUUAAAAGCUCAGGAAGAAUUUACUAUCUCUUAUUUUUCCCAGAUUUAAACCAUUAGUGACUACAACAUAAUUACCGAAUGCUCAAGAAAUGAUACAUAAUAUAAAUCAGAGGCCAGAAGCUGGCAGUACAUCUGUCCCAAUGUUUUUUAAAAUCAGGAAGUAUUACAGGAAAAAUCUAAAUGGCUCUUUUUUCCUGAAUAAUGGGAAGAUCUGGAACACUGUCUCAUAAUCCUUCAUGGCCACAGGUACAGCUGAGAAGGUGCAGGCAGAUCCCUUUAAAUUAACCAAAAGGAUGCCAACUUGCCAUAAACUUCAUUUCCCUCCAGUAUCUUAUUACUGAUUUACUUCACUGAUUUCUAUUACCUGCUCCAUUCUUCUUGAGAGCAUUUGCCUUUCUAGGCCCUUGUGUUUGCAACCUCUGGUAUACCUAUAUAUGGCACAGGAAUUCAAAGAAAUGACUCUGUGAAAGAGGUAGAAAAUAAGCUCAGACUUUAAAUAAACGAUGUGGAUCAACAGUGUGGCCUAACAGAAAGAGAAAAACAGCACAAGCUAUAGCAAUAAGGAAGGGACGUACAGAAAGCCCAAAAGUUUUAUCUAAAAGCAGCUUACAGCAACUAGGUAAUCAAUGACAGACAGUGUGGCAUAAUGCUUUGGCAUUAGAUUCAAAUUCCAGUUCCACUACUUAGUACUUAAGUGCUAAGUUAAGUUACUUAAGCCUAAAUUUGUGUUUCUUCAGCUACUGAGUUACUUAACAUUUCUUCAAUUAAUGAAAUACAAUAGUAUAGUUGUACUCAACACUUACUAAUUUCUUCCAACACCCUAUUUUCACAGCAGAAGAACCUUGCCAGAGGCAGGUAAAGUGAUUUGUCUAAGUUCACAUAGCUAGUGGAGAGUCAGAGCUUCCUUGUUUUUUACUCAGUUCAGGGUUAUGUUUGUUUUUAAACCACACCACAUCAAUUAAUAAGAAUGACCUUAUACAGAGAAGAGAGGUCAUUUUGUAGAAUAGGAGGAUAUGACAUUAUGUAACAUCAGAAUUUUAAUAUUUAAAAGUAUUAAGUAUCUGAAAGAAUUUCACUCAUGUUUGGUAAUUAUAUAUAAAAGCUGUUUCAUCUUAAGAUACAUUACACAGUAAGACAUAACAUACUAUAACAACAUCAAGUUUCUUGUAAGUUUAAAACCUUCAUUAGCAACUUAAUAAGUAAAAUGUUUACAAAUUCUUCUAGGCUAUAAAGAGUAUUACAUUACUUAGGUGGCUGCCUCCUGACAAAGUCUAGCUCUUGUUCUUUGUUAACAAAAACCAAACUCAUCAGCCUGCAACUAUUUCUAAGUGAAGUUGAGCACUAUUUUUUUUCGGUAUUCAACUUAAAAGAUCUCUGGCCAGCAGACUAAAAUGUUUGUUUUAUAAUUGCCCGCUGAACUAUGAUAGUUUGUUUCCAGAUGGUGCCCUUCCUUCAACCUGCACACAAUCUCUCCUUGUUUGAAACUAUUCAACCUCCUGCUGAUCCCACCCCCCUAUUUAAGGCUACAAAGAGGAAAUCCUAAGGAGGAGAUUCCCGCCCCCAGUCUCCAGCAAUUUUUGGUGAUGUAAUAUGUGGGCUGAACUUGAGUCUACUGAGAAAGAGGGAAUCACUAUUCAGGGGUACUGUAUAUACAAUCUGGGUCAGCUGCAGCUGGUUACUGCAUUUCUCCAUGUGGCAGACAGAGCAAAGCCACAACGCUUUCUCUGCUGGAUUAAAGACGGCCCACAGACCCGAACUUCUACUAUACUACUUAAAAUUACACAGGUGGCUCGUCAAAUUCAAUUGAUUAGUAUUGUAAAAGGAAAAAGAAGUUCCUUCUUACAGCUUGGAUUCAACGGUUCAAAACAAAAAUGCAGCUGCCAUUAAAGUCACAGAUGAACAAACUUCUACACUGAUUUUUAAAAUCAAGAAUAAGGGCAGCAAGUUUCUGGAUUCACUGUAUCAACAGAUACAAAAAGACAUCAUUUUACAACCUCAUUUCAAAAUGAAGGCUUUUACCUGGACCCUAGGUGUGCUAUUCUUCCUACUAGUGGACGUUGGACAUUGCAGAGGUGGACAAUUCAAAAUUAAAAAAAUAAACCAGAGAAGAUACCCUCGCGCCACAGAUGGUAAAGAGGAAGCAAAGAAAUGUGCAUACACAUUCCUGGUACCUGAACAAAGAAUAACAGGGCCAAUCUGUGUCAACACCAAAGGGCAAGAUGCAAGUACCAUUAAAGACAUGAUCACCAGGAUGGACCUUGAAAACCUGAAGGAUGUGCUCUCCAGGCAGAAGCGGGAGAUAGAUGUUCUGCAACUGGUGGUGGAUGUAGAUGGAAACAUUGUGAAUGAGGUAAAGCUGCUGAGAAAGGAAAGCCGUAACAUGAACUCUCGUGUUACUCAACUCUACAUGCAACUAUUACAUGAGAUUAUCCGUAAGAGGGAUAAUUCACUUGAACUUUCCCAAUUGGAAAACAAAAUCCUCAAUGUCACCACAGAAAUGUUGAAGAUGGCAACAAGGUACAGGGAACUAGAGGUGAAAUAUGCUUCCUUGACAGAUCUUGUCAAUAACCAAUCUGUGAUGAUCACUUUGUUGGAAGAACAGUGCUUGAGGAUAUUUUCCCGACAAGACACCCAUGUGUCUCCCCCACUUGUCCAGGUGGUGCCACAACAUAUUCCUAACAGCCAUCAGUAUACUCCUGGUCUGCUGGGAGGUAACGAGAUUCAGAGGGAUCCAGGUUAUCCUAGAGAUUUAAUGCCACCACCUGAUCUGGCAACUUCUCCCACCAAAAGCCCUUUCAAGAUACCACCGGUAACUUUCAUCAAUGAAGGACCAUUCAAAGACUGUCAGCAAGCAAAAGAAGCUGGGCAUUCGGUCAGUGGGAUUUAUAUGAUUAAACCUGAAAACAGCAAUGGACCAAUGCAGUUAUGGUGUGAAAACAGUUUGGAUCCUGGGGGUUGGACUGUUAUUCAGAAAAGAACAGAUGGCUCUGUCAACUUCUUCAGAAAUUGGGAAAAUUAUAAGAAAGGGUUUGGAAACAUUGACGGAGAAUAUUGGCUUGGACUGGAAAAUAUCUAUAUGCUUAGCAAUCAAGAUAAUUACAAGUUACUGAUUGAAUUAGAAGACUGGAGUGAUAAAAAAGUCUAUGCAGAAUACAGCAGCUUUCGUCUGGAACCCGAAAGUGAAUUCUAUAGACUGCGCCUGGGAACUUACCAGGGAAAUGCAGGGGAUUCUAUGAUGUGGCAUAAUGGUAAACAAUUCACCACACUGGACAGAGAUAAAGAUAUGUAUGCAGGAAACUGCGCCCACUUUCAUAAAGGAGGCUGGUGGUACAAUGCCUGUGCACAUUCUAACCUAAAUGGAGUAUGGUACAGAGGAGGCCAUUACAGAAGCAAGCACCAAGAUGGAAUUUUCUGGGCCGAAUACAGAGGCGGGUCAUACUCCUUAAGAGCAGUUCAGAUGAUGAUCAAGCCUAUUGACUGAAGAGAGACACUCGCCAAUUUAAAUGACACAGAACUUUGUACUUUUCAGUUCUUAAAAAUGUAAAUGUUACAUGUAUAUUACCUGGCACAAUUUACUUCUACACAUGAAGUUUUUAAAAUGAAUUUUACCUUAACUAUAAAAGGGGAAUCUAUAAAUGUAGUUUCAUCUGUUGUCAAUUACUGCAGAAAAUUAUGUGUAUCCACGUCCUAGUUAUUUUAAAAAUUAUGUUGACUAAAUACAGUUUGUUUCCUAAAAUGUAAAUAUUUGCAAAUCUUAGCUAUAUUUUAAAACAUAACUAAAUAACAUGUUCAAGAUCCUUAACAAUUUAUUUAAAAUCUAAGAUUGCUCUAACUUCUAGUGAAAAAAAUAUUUUUAAAAUUUCAGCCAAAUAAUGCAUUUUAUUUAUAAAAAUAUAGACAGAAAAUUAGAGAGAAACCUCUAGUUUUGCCAAUAGAAAAUACUUCUUCAAUUGAAUAAAAGCUAUUUCAAACUGAAUUUGUGCCUUUCACAUGGAAUGAUUAAAUCUGAAUUCUUAACAACAUAUCCUAUGCUGAUUUUCCCAAAACAACAUGACCCAUAGUAUUAAAUACAUAUCAUUUUAAAAAAUAAAACCCCCCCACAAAUAAUGCAUGCAUUAUUUAAAUGGUCAAUUUAUAAAGACAAAUCUAUGAAUGAAUUUCUCAGUUUUCUCAUAUUUCUUCAUACGAUAUGCUGAACACCAAAAUCUCCAGAAAUGCAUUUUAUGUAGUUUUAAAAUCAGCAAAAUAUUAGUAUUACAAUAUUAGUAUUACAAAAAUGCAGAAUAUUUAGUGUGCUACAGAUCUGAAUUAUAAUUCUAAUUUAUUACUACUUUUUUUCUAAUUUACUGAUCUUACUAUUAUAAAGAAAACAAACCCCAUCCUAUCUGCAAUUCAAAUCAGAAAGUUUGGACAGCUUUCCAAGUAUUGGUGCAUACUUUGAACAGGUGGGACUAAAAUUCAAGGAACUGUUGGCUGUUUUCCCAAUACUGAGAAUUCAACAGCUCCAGAGCAGAAGCCACAGGGGCAUAGCUAGUCCAAACUGCUAAUUUCAUUUUACAGUGUGUGUAAAGCUUAGUCUCACAGUGUCUCUGCAAUCAACAACUUUACUAGUGACUUUCUGGAACAAUUUCCUUCCAGAAACAUAUAUUUACUGCUUAGAGGUGACUUUCCCUUAAUUUAUUUGUGAAGUUAAAAUUUUAAAGAUAGCUCAUGAAACUUUCGCUUAAGCAAAAAGAAAAUCUUGAAUUGAAAUGUGCGAGGCAAACUAUGCAUGGGAAUGGUUUAAUGUGAAGAUAAUCAUUUGGACAACUCAAGUCCAUCAACAUGACCAAUGUUUUUCAUCUGCCACAUUUCAAAAUAAAACUUCUGGUGAAACAAAUUAAACAAAAUAUCCAAACCUCA